UGAUAACCGGUCCCCGAGCUUCGAGGGGGCGGGCUCGGGUGCGGGCGCGGCUGCGGCUUCAGAGUCCGGACUGACCCCAGAGGCACAGCCAGAGGGACAGGGCCCAGCCCCACUCUCACCCCCUCUGGGGGCUACUCCAGGAAACAUGGCCAAAUUUGCCCUGAAUCAGAACCUGCCUGACCUGGGCGGCCCUCGCCUGUGCCCCAGCGUGACUGGGGGAGCUCGCAGCCCGAGUUCGCCCUACUCGGUGGAGACGCCCUAUGGCUUCCACCUGGACCUGGACUUCCUCAAGUACGUGGAGGAGCUGGAGCGCGGCCCCGCCGCCCGCCGCGCCCCGGGCCCCCCGCCCGCGCGCCGCCCCCGCGCGCCACGGGCUAGCCUCGCAGGCGCGCGCAGCCCAGGAGCCUGGACAUCCUGCGAGUCCCUGGCCAGUGACGAUGGCGGAGCACCGGGCGCUCUCUCCCCGGGCGCGCCGUCGGGGCUGAUGCUGCCGCCGCUAUCGCCGCGCGCACCCGUGCGCAAUCCGCGCGUCGAGCACACGCUCCUGGAGACCAGCCGGCGGCUGGAGCUAGCGCAGGCGCACGAGUGCGUGCCCAGCCCCGGCCGCGCGAUCCCGCGCAGCCCGCGCGGGUCCGGCCACAGCAGUCCCGCCCCCAACCCGGCCUUGGCCUCGCCCGGCCCCGCGCAACUGCAGCUGGGAGCCAGCAGCAUCGAGGUGGGGCAGCUGCAACCGAGGCAGGACCGAACUGCACGAGCAGUGAGUAAACAUGGAGAACAGUUUGAGGAGGACAGAAAGGAGGGUCAGUGA